GAGCAGAGCAGAGCCAGGUUGGGACAGGAAGAGAAGUGUUGUGCUACAGGGAGAGAAAGUCCCUGAGAGCAGGGCUGAAGACUGACUGCUGUGUGAAGAAGCGCAGGCAUCAGGAAGCGUUCACAGACGGGUGCAGGGACGAGCAUGUGUCGCAGCAGAACGCCGUUGCGGGUGAAAGCUGGCACACUGAAGCAGCCAACUCAAGCAGGGACCUAAGUGGCACUGAUCGGUAAAAAUCACACAGGAAUAAGUCAGCUAGAUCAGAAGGAGGAGGUUAAAAUCCGUAAACACACUGUUGUGACACAGCGCUUCCACAGGAUGAAUCGUCUCAUCGUACUGCUUCUUGCAGUUUGCCAUGUUAUCAGCUUGUCAGAAAGAGGUUAUUUCUGGCAUCUCACAGAUCUGCAUUUGGAUCCAAACUACACAGUGACUUCUGAUCCUGGGAAAGUAUGUCCUUCUGCAGGUGAUCAACCUGUUACAAAUGCAGGGAAAUGGGGGAAUUAUUUGUGUGACUCUCCAGGCGCCCUUAUUAACUCAUCCAUAUAUGCAAUGAAAUCAAUACUGCCAGAUCCAGAUUUCAUUCUAUGGACUGGGGAUGAUACCCCACAUGUACCCAAUGAGCAGCUUGGUGAGAAAGCUGUCCUGGAGAUUGUGGAGUGGCUGACGAACCUAAUCAUGCAUGUUUUUCCAACAACCAAAGUUUAUGCUGCCUUAGGAAAUCAUGAUUUUCACCCUAAAAAUCAACUACCAACACAGAAUAAUUCCAUUUAUUAUCGGAUCUCGGAAUUUUGGACACCAUGGCUGAACCAAGAAUCCAUAGCUACUUUUCAAAAAGGAGCAUUUUACAGUGAGCAGUUGGUUAAUACAGGAACGGUGGGUCGUGUGAUUAUCCUAAACACCAAUUUGUACUACGAGUCUAACAGCAUCACAGCCAAUAUGGAGGAUCCAGGCGACCAGUUUUCAUGGUUAGAAAAUCAAUUGACAGCUGCCUCACAAAAAGGGGAGAAGGUGUAUAUUGUGGGACAUGUUCCCCCAGGAUACUUUGAAAAGAAACGUGAGAAGUCUUGGUUCAGAGAGAAUUUUAACAAGCGCUAUGUGGAGAUCAUCCAGAAACACCAUACAGUGAUACAAGGACAAUUUUUUGGACAUCAUCACACAGACUCCUUCAGAAUGUUUUACGGCAACUCGGGUGACCCUGUCAGCAGCAUGUUUAUUGCACCUGGAAUAUCUCCUUGGAUGACCACUUUACCAGGUGUUAACAACGGAGCCAACAAUCCAGGAAUAAGAGUGUUUGAGUAUGACAGGAAAAGCCUUCAUGUAUUGGAUAUGGUCACUUAUUAUAUGAACCUUAGUUAUGCUAAUACUGAGUCCCCCAGAUGGGAGAAGGAGUAUCGGCUAACGGAAGCAUUUCUGGUGCCGGAUGGAUCUCCCCAAUCUAUGCACAAAGUACUGGAGAAAAUAACCACUGACCACUGCUAUCUACAGAAGUACUAUGAGUAUAACUCUGUCAGCUAUGACCUAGAGAGCUGUGGAGAGACCUGUAAAAUUGAUCAUGUAUGUGCUAUUCGUGAAGUGGACUUUACAAAGUAUGCUACAUGUAUACAGAAUGAAAGCUCAGCUUUGAAGCCUGUCUAUCAUAUAACAGUUAUGAUGGUUGCAUUGUUUAUUUAUUUGAUUCUGAAUUAAAAUAAAAAUGUGUAUGAAAUACUCCAA